AUGGUCGGCGUCGGCGCCGGCGGUGGGCGUCAUAUACAUGUGGCGGCCGUGGGACUAGCCAUUCGCAAGGCACCGGCGCCUCGGCUUGCGCCGGGCCCUGUCAACCUUCCCUCGCUCAAGAAGGAGUAUGGCGGCAUCGACCCCGACCUGCUGAUCGUGCCAAAGGGGCAAGCGGUGUGGGGUGGCAAGAAGGAGGUCGCGGACGACACCACCACCGCUGCCGCUGCAAAGGCGGCAGCGGAGCGCUCGCGCACGGCGGCGCGCGCCGAGGAGGCGAGGAACGCCGCAGAGGCGGCCAAGGUGGCCGAGGAGGAGGCGGCGCGCGCAGUCGAGGAGCUCGCCUCGCGCGCCGCUGCUGCGCGCGAGCGCGCCUCCAAGAUUGCGCGCGAGGCGGCUGAGCGGGACAGUCUGCUCAGCUCGCUCGAGCAGGACGGCAAGCGCGACUCGCCUGCAUCCAGCGCCACGCGUGACGCGGCUGACGAGCGCUCUUCCGAGCGGCGAUCACACGGAUGGGCCGACGACCAGGAGGCGGGCGAGAUGGACUUUUCGGCGCCCGCGUUUGCGACGCGGCUAUCCGGCGCGAGCUACGCCGGGUCCCCUCCCUCCGACGGCGGAAACUCCGAGGGCAAGGCGCCCUCGGAGGAGGGUGAGCCGGCGCCUCCACCGCCGUGCGGCGAGUUUUCCGACGAGAGCCCCGCUGGGCGGGGCGGUCGGAGGAGCCUCUACCAGCGGCUCGAGCUCGUCCGAGCGGAGCUGGAGCUGCCACACGGCAUGCCGAUGGCGGCGCUGCUGCGGCAAGCCAACGAGGCGAUGGGCAUGGAGGCGACCGGCUCGCUGCCCGAGCAGGUCGCCGCGCUGCUCGAGGCGAUGGGCAUCUCAGAGACGGAGGAGGGGGCCUCUCCCCUCCCGCCGCCGCCCAAGCCGAUGCAGCCGAGAGGGAGCGGCGCCGAUGCGCCGCGGAGGCGCGUGGCGGAGCCGAGCGCGCUCAACGGCUUUGGCGAGCCGCCUCGACUCUCGGGUCUGCCUCCGGAGCCGCCGCCGCCGCCGCCUCAAGUCAUGAUGCUCACGCGGCCGUCGGCCAACUCGGCGGAGGAGGCGCCCGGCGCCGCGCCUGCGGGCGAGGACGGCGCCGCUGCACCUGCGGGGGCCGCUCCCAAUGGGACGGCCAACGGGACGGGGGCGGCCGAGCCGGCGGCGGGCAACAAGCCCGACUUCGCUGCGAUGACGCUCGAGGAGAAGGAGGCGUACUACGCUGAGGGCGGCCAGGCGGACGGCAAGGAGAAGGUGGCGAAGCCGGACGGCAAGGAGAAGGACGGCCAGGCGGACGGCAAGGAGAAGGUGGCGAAGCCGGACGGCAAGGAGAAGGUGGCGAAGCCGGACGGCAAGGAGAAGGUGGCGAAGCCGGACGGCAAGGAGAAGGUGGCGAAGCCAGCGAGCGGCAAGGGCGGGCAGCCCGACAAGCCGCGCCCGCCGCAGCCCGAGAAGCAAGGCCGCUAG